UGUACACAACGUGCCAAAAAAAUUGUGAAAAACAAGUAUUUUUAUCAAUAAAUUUACUGGGUUUCUGGAAAGCAUGAGCGCGUCGAGUGAGGGUGGAGCAGGCGGUGCAGUGGGUGGCAGCACUGGAAGUACAGCUACGACAACGGCGCCUGCCACAUUAAAAGCCGUUAAGAUACGCACUCAUCCUCAUCUAAACACAAUGCACUUGAUAGCACACAACACAGCAACAACAACAAAAUCAAAUGCAGUGGUAUCAUCAUCACCCACACAAUCGCACGUACAAUUGCGUGGCGCUAUACAUAGAUACUCAUUACCCCAUUUGCCAUCAGCAGCACAUUCUACAGUUGCCGCCAAGAUAACGCACGUUAAGACCGAUGGAGGUAUUUCUAUAACUGGCACGCCCAUCAUCAGCGGCGGAACCAUUAAAGUGGCCACUGCCGGCAAUACGGUACAGACAUCACUGAGCGGCACGCCCAUCGCUUUAAACACUGGUCAAUCAACUACCGCCGCCUCCAUACGGACGCUGGCAGCUGCCGGUCCCUCGACACAGGUGCGCGUUGUCAUGCCAAUGAUCAAGCAGCUGGAAAAUGUCACCGCCACGGGCCGUACACAAAUCACAGCCAUACCAGCAGCGCCGGCUCGCAGCGUAUCGAAUGCAUCGAUUACAGUAACUCGACCCGUUACACAAGCCACAUAUUUGCCGCGUGCAAGCGUAACGGCCACACAGAUGAGUGGCGUGGGCGUGACGGGUGCCCAACGCCUUGUCACCCCUUUGCGCGCCACAUCCUCGGCUAGCGUCAGCCCAGCGCCAGCUGGUCUUAGCAGUACGGGCAAUUUUGUACGUACCUCACAGCCCUCAACAGUCAUCUCGUCGGCAAAUACUCCCGGUGCAACGGCGUGGAUGCAGAGCAAUGGGCAAGUGCAACUUAUCCGUGCCAUUCAUCAGCCCAGGCAACGUCUCAUAACGACAUCAGCGGGCGUGAGUAGUGCCAGCGUUUCCACAACAGCAACACCUGUGCAGGCACCUACAGCUCUUACCGUUUCUGCAGCACAAUCUAUGCCACCGCAGCAAUCCGGACCCGCGGGUGUGCCACAAGCUUAUGUGGCUACUGUAUUGCCACCGCGUCAACAUCAAGCUACAUUGGUUUAUUCCUCGAACGUGUCUGCCACUAGUUCGCCCAACACAAAUCCGAAUUCACAGUUCAAUCCUAGAUUUGCUGUGGCCACGCCAAUAGGCAGCGCUACAAGCGGUGCUGCCACAACGCCAGGAGGCACCACAGUUACGCCACGUCAGGUGCGUCCCAUACCAUUAGGCAAAGGUUUCCCAGCCACCAAGCUGAAUACCACAAGCAUCAGCAUUCGAGCGCCCAGCAUACCGCAGCUUAACUCAAACGUUGCGCCGCCCACCCCAGUGAGUGUGUCUAGUGGCGUCACUGUAGCUGGCCGUGGCCCGGGUGGCAGUGGUGGAGCCGCAGGCGUUGCUCCAGUUGCUCUAACUGCCGCGAACCUGCCUACCACACGGAUCAUACAGCUGCAGCAGCCAGCAACGGGUGGGGGACAGCAAAUAAUUGGCUCAACCACUCGUCUAGCCGCGAACGUCAUGUUGCAGCCAUUUCUGAUGAGCACCAGUGCAGCAGCUAAAAUGGGUAUUCGACCGCCGGUUACAAUGACAGCCAAAGUGCAGCCUUCGCUAACUAUAACGCAAUUGAAUCCCAUUGGCAAACUGUCGGCGGCAGGCGGGGGCCCCACAAUGACACCGCAAGGCGUGGCCAGCAUACAGGCGGUGCCGAGUGUUUCGGCUAGUGUAACAACCAGUUCGGUAUCCAGUGGAGCCGCAGCAGCAGCGUCUGCUGCCAGUUCCGCUACGGUGCUGCCAUUGACGAUUGGCGGGCGAGGUGGACCUGCUAGCAACAUUUUUGCGGGCACACUGACACCCGUUAAGAAUGCCAGCGGCAUAACUGUGGGCAAAAUGAUGAUGGCUCAAUCAGCCGGGCUAGAUGCAGCAGCAUCCAGCAGUGGCUUACCACCCAGCGGUGCGGGAACAAACGUAUUCAUACAGCAACGCAGCGGAGGCGGCAGUGGCGUCAGCGUAACAUCAGCUGCGGCAUCUGUGGUUACAUCCUCGGCGGGUACGUCCUUCUUGCCACCAGGCAGCUCGGCCAUCUACUAUGAGUCCAUGCCAGCCUCGACGGGUGUUCUUUCACUGACCACCACAACAGUCACGCAGAGUACACAUACACAUGGCCAAUCUCAAGCUCAAGCUCAAGCUCAGGCCCAAGCGCAGGCUCAGCUAGUGAGCAGCACUGGCAGCAGCAGCCUUUCUGUUUCUUCGCUACCCUUUGCUAGUCAUGCGCAGCAAGUAGGAACGGGUGCAGGAUCCACGGCCACAUUUACCGUGCUGCCAUCGUCGGCAGCUGUAGGUGGCAAUCGAGCUAUUGGACAUCAACAGCUUAUUAUACCAGCGACCGCUGGACAUGCGGUUGGUGGCCCACCUCAGCACAUGGUGAUACCAUUGCACACAUCCGUCAAGGUAACAACGGGCGCAGUGCCUACGACGACAGGCGGUGGCGCCACAGUUAGUGCGUUGCCCAUACAGAUGCCGGUACCAGUGGGAGCUAAUACACUUGUGUCUAAUUUUAUGCGCAAGCGCGAUGCAGAAGGGUCGCCUAUACGCGGCGUCAAGAAUCUGGCACCAACCCUGCUCUCCAUGAGCAGCAAUAGCAACGCUUCAGCCGCGGUGGGGAAUGUUACAGCAGUGAAUCUAGCUGGCGGUUCUGCCUUCAAUAUACAGCCCGUCUCGGUGACGCCGGCAACGCAACCACUAACCACAACAACGGUAACCGGUUCGGCAUUAACUGUUGAGGCACUCGCCAAAAAAGAACGUGAGCGUGUCAGCUCAGCUGCUGCGGCAGCUGCAAUAGUUGGUGCAUCAUCGGCAUCGACAGCAUCCGUCUCGACAGCAGGUGGCAGUAUUGUGAGCACACGGAACGUGCGUGCCGAUUCACCUGCUUCUUCAGAUGGUUCCACCACCGUCUCGGCGAAUUCCUCGCCCGGCGUAGAUCAGCAAUUGCAGGACAGUAAUCUGUCUAUUAAUCGAAUUGGUGAUGAGCCAACUGGAACAGCUGCGCGCGAUAACGCAACACAUUUCAAUCCCAUAAACGAGCUCUACGCUACGCACCAGUCGCAUGUGACGCAUACAACUCUGGGCGCGCGGGGCAGUGGCAUUCCUAGCGCUUUUGUAGAUGUGCCACAGCAGCAGGGUUCGCAUCUUGCGGCAACACAAGCCGUUACACUGACGGCCACCCAAUUGCAGCAGGCGCGCAUGAAUGGCACCAGUGGCAGUGGCAGUAAUUCUGAUUACAGCUUGGCGCGCAAGAAACCGCGACGAUCCACCAACGAUAGCCAGCAGUCCAAUCAAAGUCAAGCAUCGUUAUCGCUGUCGCUGCCGCCCCCAAUGGGCAGCGUGGGCAGCCAUAGCAGCAGUACAACACAAGAGGCAGCAUCAACUUUCAUGCAACAACAACAGCAUCAAUCAAGCAUCAACAAUGGUGGCCUGCUACUGGCAGCCGCCGGCAGCACCACACCUAAUGCCAGUGGCUCGGGCGAAGUAAAUAAUCAUCGACUAGGUGGUGCUCCGCCUGUGGCUGGCAAUAAGGAGAACGCAAAUCCUGUGGACUAUGUGCUGCGACGGCCGCGCAAUUGUGCCCUGCUCAAUACAUACAAGCCGACGCACAAGCUAGCGAAUAACCAUUUUCAUCGGUAUACUGAUGUUAAGCCACGUGAUGAGCGACGUGCCACUGUGAUUGAUCUAGCCAAUCAACCAAAUGUGCAGAAGAAAAUUAGCGGCUGGAAGAUUCAUCAUUUACGGUCACAAAUGGAGGAUUUGAACGAUUCGGAAAUGGUGAGUCUGAGCCAGCUGGAAACUAUGUUAAAAGUUCUGGAAAAGGACAAAGAUAAACUCGGCGAAAUUGAACGCAUCAGCGAGCUGUUGAAGGGCAAUAUACAACGUAGCAAGAUUAUCACUGAUGGUAUCAAUGAGGCGCAAAAUCAACUUAUGAAAAUCUUUGAUCAUCAACCUCAUGUCUCGGACAUCAUCAAUCGUUUACAAUCGAAGCGCAAUUUUAAGAAACGCGAGAAACUUUAAAUACAUUUGUAUGUAUGAAAUGUAAAGCUGUUGGGCAGAAUACAACGAUGUCUUGCGCCUUUAGUUAAUGAAAAUAUUGAUAAGUUUGUAUAUUGCUUAAGAUAACUUUAUACGUCAUUAGUUUUAAUUAAUUUAACGUACGCAUACGAGUUUGUAAGAUACAACUACAAAAAAAAGUGCAUAAAAGGAAUCACACAAGACAAGAAACUAAACAACAAUUAAAAUUAA